AUGCUUGAUGACAAAUAUAUCGGCUUGGCGCUUGCCAUGUCGUCUGCGUUGGCUAUCGGCACUAGUUUUGUCAUCACGAAAAAGGGCCUGAUGCAAGCCGAGGAAAGACACGGGUUUGAAGGCGAUGGCUUCGUCUACUUGAGAAGUCCUCUAUGGUGGGCUGGAAUCGCAACACUUGGCAUCGGUGAAGUCUGCAACUUCGCCGCCUAUGCUUUUGCCCCUGCGAUCCUCGUCACUCCUCUCGGGGCUCUCAGCGUGCUGAUAGGCGCCGUUCUUGGGUCGUACUUUUUGAAGGAAGAGCUAGGAACGUUGGGCAAACUAGGUAGCGCCAUAUGCCUCAUUGGCGCCGUCGUCAUUGUCCUCCAUGCUCCACCCGAUGAGGAGAUAAAGACCAUUGAUCAGAUCCUAGACUACGCUCUUCGGCCGGGCUUCCUCCUCUACUCCAUUGCCGUAGUCUCCUUUGCAGUCUUCAUGAUUUACAAGAUCGCCCCGCAAUAUGGCAAGAAGAACGCGCUCAUCUACCUAUCCAUCUGCUCGACUGUCGGUUCUAUAUCAGUCAUGUCUGUCAAGGCUUUCGGCAUUGCUCUCAAGCUCACCUUUGCGGGCAACAACCAGUUCAGCCACCCUUCUACCUAUGUCUUUAUGAUAUUGACGGGCGUCUGCAUCCUUACGCAGAUGAACUACUUCAACAAGGCACUGGCUUCCUUCCCCACCAACAUCGUCAACCCGCUUUACUACGUUACCUUUACCACCGCCACCCUUUGCGCCUCCUUCAUCCUUUUCAGCGGUUUCAACACCACCGACCCUGUCAACACUCUGUCUCUUUUGUGUGGCUUUCUGGUGACCUUUACUGGAGUUUACCUGCUCAACCUUUCUCGCGCGGAUCCAAACGGCCAAAAACUCACUGCCGGGCGGGGAGGGUUUGAUGCCACCCCAACCGACAUGGUGUCGGGCUUUCAAACGCGACGCAGCAUGCAAUCCCGAAGGAGCGGCGAUCCGUCACGACACAGCCUCGGCGGCCAACACGGAGACCGAGAAGGGCUGAUUAGGGCCUACGAUGAAGAGGAGGCCGGAGGUUUCGGGCUCACGGACCUUGCCGAAGAUAGUGGCGAUGAGGACGGCCGCUCCAACGGGGCACCCAAUGGCAAAAAGGAAGAACACAGCAAUGCCAUUGAGCUGCAAAAUCGGAAGUCAGCUGAGAGAUGA